AUGGCAUCAGCGGCUCGACUGGCCAUUUCCUGGGCUUCCUCGCGGCCUUUGUCAACGCUUCCUUCUCUUUCAUCGGGCGUCGAGACCGUAGUCAUCAGCGCCGCCGAGUCUAUCAAUCCCCAUAAGGCUAUCCCGAACGCCGCCCGCCGCGUGACCUGGCGCAUCGGUCUGUUCUACAUCCUCGGCGCCCUUCUCAUCAGCUUGAUCGUCGACCCGCGCGAGCCCGGCCUGGUCUCUGGCUCCGGCAACGCCAACAGCUCUCCUUGGGUUAUCGCCAUCCGCCAGGCGGGUAUCAACAUCCUCCCCUCCAUCGUGAACGCCUGUAUUCUGGUUUCGGCCUGGUCGGCCGGCAACUCAUACUGCUGGGUCGGUUCCCGUAUGAUCGUGGCCAUGACCACGGACCGACAACUGCCCCAGAUCUUCGGUCGUACGAACAAGCACGGUGUGCCGUACAUCGCCGUUAUCACGGCCUGGCUGUUCGGCCCCCUCGCCUACCUGAGUCUUGGAUCUGGCGGUGCCGCCGACGCCUUCAACUGGCUUCUGAGUCUGAGCACAGUCGCUGGUCUCAUUGCGUGGGCGACCCUUUGCUUCUGCUACAUCCGUUUCCACCGCGCCAUGCAGGUCCAGGGAGUCAGCCGAGACACCCUCCCCUGGAAGGCGCCUUUCCAGCCUUACACUGCGUGGUUUGGCUUCGUCGGCGCUACCAUUAUCACGUUUGUCGCGGGAUUCUCUGUGUUCCUCAAGGGCAACUGGUCGACCGCCGACUUCAUCUCCUCGUACAUUGGCAUCCCGAUCUUCAUUGUGCCGAUCAUUGGCUGGAAGAUUGUCCACCGCACAAAGUUCGUUCGCGCGCACGAAGUAGAUUUAUGGUCUGGCCGGCUCCACGAGUCAGAAUAUGUUCCUGAGAAGCCCAAGCCAGAGAACUUCCGCCAGCGUGUCAGCCAAUGGUUCUCAUGA